AUGUCUAAUGGAUGGUCUGAUAGGAGGGGACACCACUUAAUUAACUUCCUUGUAAAUAGCCCGGAGGGGACUUACUUCUUGGAGUUCAUUGAUGCAUCAAGUGAAGUACAUGAUGCAUACAUGCUUGCUAGUUUGCUAGAGAAGAAGGUUGAGGAGAUUGGGAAGGACAAGGUUGUUCAAGUUGUCACAGAUAAUGGUGCUAACUUCAAGGCUGUAGGCAAGAUUCUCAUGGACAUGAUUCCUACAAUAUUUUGGAGUCCAUGUGCUACGCAUUGCUUGGAUCUCAUGCAUGGGAGGAUCCUUAGUGCCAUGAGGGAGAAAAUAGGUGGGGCUGACCUUGUGAGGCCAGCAGCCACACGUUUUGCAACAUCUUUUUUGACUUUGAAGAGCUUGUACAAGCACAAGGAUGCUUUGAAGUCUUUAAUGGUUAGCGAAGAAUGGAAUGGGAACAAAUUGGCAAAAACUAAGGCUAGUCUAGAUGUGCAUGACAUUGUGCUCUCUACACAGUUUUGGAAUUCAGUGGAAGAUUGCCUUAGAGCUUCAGGCCCACUCCUUAUUGUGCUUAGGGUGGUUGAUGGAGAUGAGAAGCCAGCAAUGUCAGAGGUUCAAGCUCAAAUGAACCAUGCAAAGGAGAGGAUCAAUCAAAGCUUUGCUAUCCAAUCCAAGAAAUCUUUACUCAAGAAGAUUAUGGGAAUAAUUGAGCGACGUUGGGAGAAACAAAUGGAUCAUCCAUUGUAUGGGGCUGCACUAUACUUGAACCUAGGGAAGCUACAUCCUCUCCUAAAAAAGGAUGAUGAUGCAACUGUUGGACAGCUAAGAGGUUGCUUUCUUGAUGUGCUUUCAAGAAUGGUGGAGGAUGAGGAAACUAGAAGCAAGAUCAAUGCUCAAGCCAUGGAUUAUGAAUAUCUUAGAGGAGAUGCUUUUUCAAAUAAGAUGCCCAUUCAAAACCUUGAGUCAAUGAUUCCUCUUGAUUGGUGGCAUUCCUAUGGUGGCCGUGCUACUAAGCUACAAAGGUUCCAAAAGUUAUGCCAGAACAAGGGAAAAAACUUUGAUCCUUUGGUUAUUAAGGACUUUGAUUGGAACAAUGAGUGGGCUGACUCAUUGCAUGUACCCCCUCAAGGUGCUCGUGGGUAUGUGAUAGAUUCUGAGGAUGAUCCAAAUGAUGCCAAUGAAAUUGGAGAAGACAAUGAGGCAGCCAACGUUGCUGGAGAGUUUGAUGAUGGCUAUUGA